AUGUCGUCAAUAACAGAGCAACAACGUUUAAUUUUAGUUACCGGUGCUAAUAAAGGUAUUGGUUUUGAAGUUGUAAAGAAAUUUAUUCAACAAUCAUCAUCGAACAAUAAUAAUGUUAUUCUUCUUGGUAGUCGAGAUUUAAAACGUGGUCAAGAUGCACUUCAACAGUUGGGUUCGUCAUCAAACGUACAUGUUUUAGAAUUAGAUACUUCUUCAAAAGAAAGUAUUAUUCGUGCGACUAAUGAAAUUAAACAAAAAUACGGUGGUCAAUUAGACGUAAUUAUCAACAAUGCAGGUAUUUUACCAAAAGAUAAUACUAUUGAGUCCACUCGAGAAAUGCUCGCAACUAACUAUUACGGCGUUAAAAUACUCAAUGAACAGUUGAUUCCUCUUCUCCGUAACAAUGGUCACAUAGCUAAUGUUGCUAGCGGAGCAGGACCAAUUAUAUUAGGUUGUGUCUCAAAAGAUCUUCAAGAUAAAUAUACAUCAUCGACAUUAACUGUAGAACAACUUGAUUGUCUUGUUGAAGAUUUUCUUUCAGCAUUUGAAUCGAAUAAUCUGGAAAAAGUUGGAUAUAAGACUGAUAUACCUUAUUUAUCAUAUGGCGUAUCUAAGGCAGCGUUGAUCGCUUUGACUCGAAUUGCAGCUCGUCAAGAUUAUGGUGACAAAAACUUAUUUAUUUAUUCUGUGAAUCCAGGAUAUUGUUCUACUGAUCUUAGUAAUCAUGGUCAAGGAGCUCGGCCAGCUGAGCUUGGUGCUGAUUCUAUCUUAUAUGUUAUCAAAACUCCUCAUGAAGAGCUGGAGAAUGGUGCAUUCUAUCAAGAUGGUAAAAAAUUACCAGAAAUAUGUGAAGAUGAAGCUACACUACAAAAAUAUCUUAAUAUAACACAGUCAAUUAGUAAAGCAAAAUAG